AUGUCGGCCCAGAGCCUUCCCGUGGAACUCUGGACGGCCAUUCUGGACUGUCUGAUCCCUAAUGACUGGUACGCCUCGGCGGGGACUCGUGAUGCUUGCCUCAGCCUUCGGCGUGUCUGCCGUCUAUUCAAAAUCAUCGUCUCACGAAACGCCAUCCGAAAAUUGGACUCCGGCCGGCUUAGUUGGUACGUGAAUGGGCCCAGGAACAAGAGCGCAGCGAAAUGGAUGCUACUCCAUCAAGUCAACAUGGACCCGGAGAGCGAAAUCCCCGCGAUCCGCCAUGUCAGCCAGUGGGCCAAGUUCAUGAAGGCCCAGAGCGACUGGGACCCGGACAACUGCAUCAGCACCGACAAGUGGCUGGAGGACGUGUGCGGCGCCGUCACCGAGCACCUCGGGGCCAGGUGGGUGUUUGAGAACUUCAUCUGCUACAGAUCCGGCAAGCCCCUGGCACUGCCGGGUCUGGGAAUCAGCAUCGCGCGCCACCUGUUGACCCAGCCGCGCCCGAGGGGCCCGGACGGCGCAAAGAUUGUGCAGUUGACCCACGGUGUCUUGCAGAUUGCCGUCUACCAGGGGAACAACACGGCGGUUGCGUCCAUACUGGAGGCUGGGGCCGACCCCAACUAUGUUCACUCUCACUUUGGGCAUCCUGUUCACCACGCUCUAGCUAACAACCACGUUAAGACACUUCGACUGUUGGUUAGACAUGGUGCUGAUGUCCAUGCGCCUGGCGAAUAUGCGACUCUCAUUAAACGGGCGGCAGACAAGGGGCAUGUUGAGUGCUUUCGGUAUCUAUUGUCCAUGAUCCGGGACAAUGAACUGCAAUACCUGAAUCCUUGUCUCGCCGCCGCCAGAGCAAAGGGCCACAUAGAAGUUGUCCGGGUCCUGUAUGAAUGGGCUACUCACAGACAACAAAAGCACGAGAAGAAAUCCAGCUGGUUCCACAACCUUAAACUAUGGAACGCCAAACCGCGACCUAUAGUACAUCUCCAGUUCUUCUGCGGGGAGUACAGUCAAGCAAUGGAAGCAGCCGCGCGGAACAAUCAUGUGCAGCUUUGA